CAGCAUAUUUGUGUAAUUAAUCCAGUGUUUUCUUUUUUUCUCUUGCUGCAGCUUUUUUUUUUAAAUCAUAAAAAUAACUGAGAUUAUGUAUUUCAAGUAUGUCGUACUUACUACACAUCUUGUUUUUAAGUUCUUUUCACAGUUGACUUGUUAAUCAUUCUUAAACCUGCAGAGUGCAGCUGAAUAAACAAAGCAGAUAAAGGUCCAUCACAUGCAGGGGCGAGUCCAGACUGUUUGAAUGAGGUGGCUGAACCGGGGAACUGGUCUAAAGUUUGUGCACACAGAAAUGAAUACAUUUAUUUAUUUACCUAUUUUUAUCUCCAUUUAUCAUAUCUCCUUAUCAGUAACAAGAGAAUGGCCCCAAAUUCUUAUCUUUCUUCUUCCCUUCAUUCUUUCAAAACUAGUCCAGCAUCAAAAUCUAAAUACUUCGGGGGCCCACGUGGCCCAGGUGUCCCGUACCGAGCUUAAGCACGAUUGCCCCCACUAUCAGAUUCUGGACAUGCCCCUGCUCAUACAAACAAACAAACAAACAAACAACUGAAUCCCAAACAAUAAAUCGUUCUCUGGGAGUGACGGACAGAGACACCAGACUGAUGAUUCAGCUGCGAGCCACCAAUGAAGCCAUCUUCACGGGGAGGAGGAACUCGGCCAUGAGAGGCUGGAAGGCGAUCAGAAGAGAGAUGGGGCUCCACGGGGUGAUGUCAGCGCGGCAGCUGAAGAAGAAGUGGGACAACUUGAAGGAGAAAUACAGAGCGCUGAAGAACCCUCCAGAAGGCAUGGAGACCCAGACCCAGCCCAACUCGUGGCGUUGGUUCCAGCUGAUGGACGAGGCCAUGACGGGCCGCCUGGCGGGGACCGCCAACAUCGUGCAGCCCUCCGUGCUGGACGAAGAGGAUGACAACGCCCCAGCCACGCCUCCGCUCAUCCUGCCUAACAUGGCGACACCGUUCUCUGCUCUGAGUGGGGCUGAAAUGGCUCCUCUGGAAGACGAUGUGACGCUCGAGGACGCCAUGGAGCUGAGAGACAUUGAAGACUGCAGGAAAGUGGAGUUAGAGAACAAAGCUGAGCUUCUUCCUCAGAUAGUUUCAGUGGAGCAGGGAGACGGAUCACAGGUGAGAAUCCCUGUGUGUAAGCCGCAGACUCAAACUGCGGUGAACAGCAGCCAGACCGCCGUGUUCUACGCCACUUUACUGCCCGAAUUCACGGUGGAGAACGGCAAGACGCCCUCCUCCUCCAAAUACAUGGUCAGGGAGACGGUGGAGGUGGACAGGAAGCUGGCGGAGCUGCAGAAAGAGAGGCAGGCUCUGGAGAGAGAGCAGGCCGAGUUCGACAGAGAACUCAUCGCUUUGGAGAAAGACCGAGAGCUGCUGAGAAGAGACGCGGCGACACUAGAGAGAGACAGGACGAGUCUGGACAGAGAGCGGGCGGCUUUAGAGAGAGACAGAGCGGCCAUGGAGAGAGACAGAGCGGCUGUAGAGAGAGACCGGGUGUUUCUGGAUCGAGACCGGGCGUUUGUGGACAGAGACAGAGCAUUCGUGGAGAGAGACAGAGUGCUGGUAGAGCGAGCCCAAGAGGAUUUAGAGAGAGAGCGAGCUGUGUGGAGGAGAGAGAGGGAGGGCGAGGCCGAGAACGGACAUCCUGCUGAGAUGGCGUCAGAAAAAGAAGUGGUGUUACAGACCAGGUUCUACCAGAGGCUGACGGCAGCAGAUCUGGAUCCAGAGCAGCUGGAGACCAGACAGAGACUGGUGUCUUUGUUCCAGAGACUCGUGGAGAAGCUGUGAGCCGAGGACGCGUCGUUCUAUGUUCAGAGAUUUCACUUGAUAAAAGUCUCCAAAUCACAAAGAAUAAACGUGUGGAUCACUGAACUCUGUGUGUAGGGUGGGCACGAUAACAGAAACUUUGAUGUGAUUCUAGUAAAAAUCAAACAAUCUGGAGACCUGUUGGGAUACCACAGCAACAAAAAUAGAAAUCCUAUGACACACGGUUUAAGUUGCAGAGAUACAUCUCGAUACCAAAACGUUGCCAUUGCUUCUGUGCUAUUUAGCCAGUGUGGAGGAGUGAGCCUGCAACUUCUGAUGGAUUCAUUCCUCUCUUUAGCACCUGAUUUAUGAAACCAAGAUAGUUUUGGAUCCUAUCGUUCAUCACAGUAACAGAGAAUGUAUUGUUUUAAAACAUGUGGAAUCAAAAAGUAUUGAAGUAUCAAACCUUAGUCCACUCUUUUAAAGGUCACAUAUUAUUAUAAAAUCCACUUCACCAUGUUUCUCUAACUCUAAUAUGUGUCUGUAGUCCGUUUACAAACCUCCCAAUGAUGAGAAAAGUCCAUCCUCUCCGUCUUUCGCCUGCUCCACUUUUCAGAAAAUGUGUGCUCAAACAGGCCGUUUGGAGAUUUUCCCUUCAUGACAUCACAAAGGGCAGUAACCCCUCCCCCAGGUGGGUGACACUCCCACAGCUAGGUGUUUGUUCUGCCCUCUGAGUCUGCCUUCUCACCGUAAACAAUAGGACAUGGAGCGAGAAAGCCCGAGACACCCAAGCCCUUCAAGAGAGGGGGCGUGGUCAGACACAGCUCAUUUACAUAUUUAAAGGUACAGACACAGAAACAGCCUGUUCUGAGCAGGGCUGAAAUAGAGGGGUUUAUAGACAUGAUUAAAUACAGGCUCAGAGUGGAUUUGGAACAAGAAACUUCACACACGUUUUGAGGAGCUCUGAGACUUAUUUAAACUGGUUGAAGAGGAGGAGGAUAUGUGACCUUUAAUUCAAUCUCAGUCAUUGUGACGUGCAGUAAACUGUUUUGCUGUUUUUAAGUUAUUUUAGUUUAUUGAGAGUCAUGUUUGACGCAUUGAAUUCAUGUGCAAAAUCUAACCUAUCUCUCCUCAGCUGCCUUUUUAAUAAAGGCAAAAUGACCUCAAAAGACACCAACAAUGAAUGAUGAUGAUCACUGUUUUAUUUGUGUAGUUUGCUGCUGCAGACAUGACAUUAAAGCUCCUUUGAUGAGUUUUCCUCUGGUAUUAAACAGACUGAUAUCAAAGGUCUCCUCUUAUCCUCA